UUUCCUUCCCGAUCUCUCUGUCUUUCACACACUCUCUCUCUUCUUCGUCUCCUUCUCCAUUACGCGUCCUAAUUUUCUACACACACUUUCAGUCUCUUUCUCUCUCUCUCUCUCCAAAAGUGGAGCAGAUUAAGACCAGCCUGGUUACAGAGAAGACUUGGCUUGUGAAGAAAAUCAAUUUACAAGCACACGCAGAAAACUUUAAUUGGUUUUUUUCAUUAUUGAGGAAAGCACAUUUCCAUUUUCUGUUUUUCCUUUCCUUUAUGUGGGGUUUGGGUUCCUUGGGUGCUGAAUAUAGUGGUGUUAAGCGCAAAAAGUGGAUUUUUGGGCUAGUUUGGACCUUCAGUUUCAGAAAAAAAUCGAUUUUUGAGUUGGGUUUCCGGAUUUGAAGAGUUUGGUUUUGUUGAAUUGCAGAGUUGGGUUUUUUAUUUGUGGUGUUUUUGGCGAGUGAUGGACACAAGGGGUCGACUUGUUGCCGGUUCUCACAAUAGAAAUGAGUUUGUGCUGAUCAAUGCAGAUGAGGUGGCCCGGAUCAAGUCUGCAAAAGAAUCAAGUGGGCAAGAAUGUCAAAUAUGUGGAGACCAGGUGGAAUUUACAGUGGACGGGGAGCUUUUUGUUGCCUGCAAUGAAUGUGCUUUCCCUGUAUGUAGGCCCUGCUAUGAGUAUGAGAGAAGAGAGGGAAAUCAGGCUUGCCCUCAGUGUAAAACCAGAUACAAGCGCAUCAAAGGUUCUCCUAGGGUUGAAGGUGAUGAAGAAGAAGAUGACAUUGAUGAUUUGGACAACGAAUUUGAUUAUGGUGACUUUGAUGCUUUGGGACCACAUCAAGUUGCAGAGGCAGUACUAUCUUCGCGCCUUAACACUGGCCGUGGUUCCCACUUCAAUUCUUCUGGAAUCCCUACUCAAUCAGAACGUCAAUCUGCUCCCCUUGGUUCUGAAAUUCCUCUCUUAACAUACGGCGAGGAGGAUUCUGAAAUUUCUUCUGAUCAACAUGCUCUAAUUAUACCUCCAUUUGCUGGUCAUGGAAAUAGGAUCCAUCCAAUGCCUUCUGAUCCAUCUAUGCCUCUGCAUUCAAGGCCAAUGGUUCCUAAGAAAGAUAUUGCAGUAUAUGGAUAUGGAAGUGUGGCGUGGAAGGAUCGGAUGGAAGAGUGGAAGAAAAAACAAGGUGACAAACUUCAGGUUGUAAAACACCAAGGAGAAAAUGAUGGUGGAAACUUUGGUGGAAAUGACCUGGGUGAUCCUGAUUUGCCCAUGAUGGAUGAAGGCAGACAGCCGCUGUCAAGGAAAUUGCCCAUUCCCUCAAGCAAGAUAAAUCCAUACAGAUUGAUUAUAUUACUCCGCCUUGUAAUCCUUGGCUUAUUUUUUCAUUAUAGACUUCUUCAUCCUGUUAAUGAUGCAUAUCCUCUGUGGUUGACAUCGGUCAUAUGUGAAAUUUGGUUUGCUGUAUCAUGGAUUCUGGAUCAAUUUCCCAAAUGGUAUCCAAUAAUGAGAGAAACCUACCUGGAUCGGCUAUCACUAAGAUAUGAAAAAGAAGGGUCGCCAUCUGAAUUAGCCAGUGUAGACAUUUUUGUUAGUACCGUUGACCCUAUGAAAGAACCUCCACUAAUUACUGCAAACACAGUUCUUUCAAUCCUUGCCGUUGAUUAUCCAGUUGAUAAAGUUGUAUGCUAUGUCUCUGAUGAUGGUGCUGCCAUGCUUACUUUUGAAGCCCUUUCUGAGACAUCUGAGUUUGCUAGGAAGUGGGUUCCUUUCUGCAAAAGAUUUAACAUAGAGCCCCGAGCCCCAGAAUGGUAUUUCUCUCAGAAAAUUGACUAUCUGAAAAAUAAAGUUCAUCCAGCAUUUGUCAGGGAAAGACGUGCAAUGAAGAGAGAAUAUGAAGAAUUUAAAGUUAGGAUAAAUAGUUUGGUAGCCACAGCGCAAAAAGUUCCUGAGGAGGGUUGGACAAUGCAAGAUGGGACUCCAUGGCCUGGAAAUAAUGUCCGUGACCAUCCUGGCAUGAUUCAGGUAUUCCUUGGAAACAAUGGAGUUCGUGAUGUUGAAGGAAAUGAGUUGCCUCGUCUAGUUUAUGUUUCUCGUGAAAAGAGACCAGGGUUUGAACACCAUAAAAAGGCUGGUGCCAUGAAUGCUCUGGUUCGUGUAUCAGCAAUUAUCUCAAAUGCUCCUUAUCUUCUGAAUGUCGAUUGUGAUCACUAUAUCAACAAUAGCAAGGCACUUAGAGAAGCCAUGUGUUUCAUGAUGGAUCCUACAAUGGGGAAGAAAGUUUGCUAUGUGCAGUUUCCUCAAAGAUUUGAUGGGAUUGAUCGUCAUGAUAGAUAUUCAAAUCGGAAUGUUGUGUUCUUUGAUAUCAAUAUGAAAGGAUUAGAUGGUAUACAAGGACCGAUAUAUGUUGGAACUGGGUGUGUCUUCAGAAGGUAUGCACUUUAUGGAUAUGACGCCCCUGUUAAGAAGAAGCCUCCCAGCAGGACCUGCAACUGUUUGCCAAAAUGGUGCUGUUGUCUGUGCUGUGGGUCUAAGAAAAAAAAGAGUGGAAAGUCAAAGAAAGAGACCAAGAAGAAAUCAAAACAUAGGGAAGCAUCGAAACAAAUACAUGCACUUGAAAAUAUUGAAGAGGGUAUUGAAGAAUUAAACAAUGAGAAACCAUCCAGUGUGUCCCUAAUUAAACUGCAGAAGAAGUUUGGGCAGUCACAAGUGUUUAUCACCUCCGCACUCAAGGAGGAUGGUGGAGUUCCUGAAGUUGCUAGUCCUGCCUAUCUCUUACAAGAAGCCAUCCAAGUCAUAAGUUGUGGAUAUGAGGACAAAACAGACUGGGGAAAAGAAGUUGGCUGGAUAUAUGGUUCGGUUACUGAGGAUAUUUUGACAGGAUUUAAGAUGCACUGCCAUGGCUGGCGGUCUGUGUACUGCAUACCCAAAAGACCUGCUUUCAAGGGGUCAGCUCCAAUUAAUCUGUCAGAUCGUCUGCACCAAGUUCUUCGUUGGGCCCUUGGAUCUGUUGAGAUCUUCUUGAGCAGACAUUGUCCAAUCUGGUAUGGUUAUGGCGGUGGUUUGAAAUGGUUGGAGCGCUUUUCCUAUAUUAAUUCAGUAGUGUAUCCUUUUACCUCCAUUCCGUUGCUCGUAUACUGUACAUUGCCUGCCAUCUGCCUUCUUACUGGACAAUUCAUUGUCCCUGAGAUUAGCAACUAUGCAAGUCUGGUUUUCAUGGGUCUCUUCAUAUCUAUUGCUGCCACUGGUAUUCUCGAGAUGCAGUGGGGUGGGGUUGGGAUAGAUGACUGGUGGAGAAAUGAACAGUUCUGGGUCAUUGGAGGCGUUUCAUCGCAUCUAUUUGCUCUAGUCCAGGGUUUACUUAAAGUUCUGGGUGGUGUGAACACAAACUUCACGGUUACCUCCAAGGCAGCAGAUGAUGGAGAAUUUUCAGAGCUCUACAUCUUUAAGUGGACAUCAUUGUUGAUUCCCCCUACAACUUUAUUGAUUAUAAAUAUAGUUGGUGUUGUGGUUGGGAUUUCAGAUGCCAUCAAUAACGGGUAUGAUUCAUGGGGACCACUAUUUGGGAGGCUGUUUUUUGCAUUCUGGGUCAUUAUCCAUCUCUACCCCUUCCUCAAAGGGUUCUUGGGGAGAACCGACCGUAUGCCAACCAUUAUUUUGGUCUGGUCAAUUCUGCUGGCUUCAAUCUUAACCCUUAUGUGGGUUCGAAUCAACCCAUUUGUGUCAAGAGACGGCCCGGUGUUAGAAGUCUGUGGCUUGAAUUGUGAUUAGGAUGUAUCAAUAAAAAGCUUUAAGGAUGGUUUUUUUUUCCGGUUUCAGUUUACCAAAACAUGGAAGUUGCACAAAAGAUAGGUUCCUCCAACAGUGUUCCAGAUGGGAAGAGAGGAAGUUUUGAGGGGGAUGAAAGCUAUAGAAGUUUGGGUUUUGUGUAGAUAUAGGGAGAGCUGGGGGAGGGUGGGGGGGUGGCUGACACAUUGUUAUUUGUUUUAUUAAUUCUUUGAUUUCAUUCCCAUGGGUAUUAGAGUUUUUUGUUCUUAGCAUUUGUAUUCUAAGAGAGUCAUUGAAUUAUUAUUUAUUCCCUCGUCGUCUUCGUGGAGGGGGGGCCUUCAUACGGGUGUGUGUCUCAAGGAAAAUCAAAAUUAGUCGUUGUUGAUCUUGUAUUUUUUCAUGGGUGUGUGUACUUUGUAGAUCGAAAAUACUGUGGAAUUUCACUGUGUUUCUUUUGUAAUCUUGUUGCUAAAACACUCAUCAAGAUGUAACUUUUUAUUUUGUGGGAUUCUAGUGAAAAUCCUAUUUUUUUUUA